UUAUUGGUGUGUAUCGAUAAAUGAAAAUCAGCUGUUUUUCUGCCAGGAACGAGACCGUAAAAUUAAAUGUUGGUUAAUUUUAUAUAUUAAAACGUAAGAAACGAUUGCCGACCGAUAGAUUCUAACUUGAGCAACUUCCAGUAGACUUGGCCAAGCUUGGCACCCGCUCUGAGUACUUAUAAAGUGCUCCACCGCUAGGACGUUUGAGUGGACAUUCCAGCAGCGCAAGCGAAAGACAUUUGAGGACAAUCUGCGGAAGAACCGCACUCACAUUCAGCAAGCUGUGGCUGCUCUACGCCCAGUCCGAGAUCCGCUACAAGGAGCUGCAGCGGGCUCGCAACGGCUGAACUGCAGUCCUUCGGCUCGAAGCAGAUCAUCCUGAGGGGCCAGCCAGACGGAACCUUGGGCAUGUUUAUCCGGCAACCGGCUACACAAACCCUGCAGACGCAGGAGAACCUUUCCUCGGAGAUUAUCCAGUGCAAUGUGACCCAGACGCCCCCCAAGGCUCGCACCCAACUGGACGCACUUGCCCCGAAGCAGCAGCAGCAGCAAGAGCAGAAGCAGAAGCAGCAGUUGGCGGUACCCACUGCUCGGUUGCAGCAGCAGCAACAACUCACAUCAGCGGCUCUGCAAUGCCCUGGAGCCCCAAUCCUGCCCCACAAUGGCACCCAGGUGCGUCCGGCCAUCUCGGUGUUCACGCAACUGCCCAGAACCCGAGCAUGCUAAAGGGCAAGAUGCGUACCAAGCAGCAGCCGGUGCGACCUGCCUUGUCCACCCUGAAGACGGAGAACGGCCAGAACAAGGUGGUGGGUCACAUGGCCACCGUGCAGCAGCAACAGCAGGCGACAGCGAAUCUCCAGCAAGUGGUUAACUCGGCGGGCAACAAGUGAGUAAUCUGAACGGGCAGACUCUCUACGCACCCACUGCGGGAGUGGACAAACAGCAUCAACAACAGCAGCAAUUGCAGUUGAUUCAGAAGCAGCAGUAUUUGCAGCAGCAAAUGUUCCAGCAGCAGAUCGCUGCCCUCCAGAUGCAGCAGCAGGCGGCAGCUUAGGCCCAAGAGCAGCAGCAGCAACAAUU